UCGCACUUCACACAACUUCUACAUAUAAACCACUCCCCUCUUCCUCUCCAGAGAACACAGAGCCCACCACAGCAACAAACAAACACCAAUCCACCAGUCCACCAAAACAACACAGUCCAACCAAUCUAUCAAACAUAUUCAUACUCCAACUAAAUGUUUCCCCGUGACCGAGAUCCACGCGCCCGCGAUGAGAUGAACGACUUUGGAUACGGCUCCAGGCCAAGGUACGACAGCGACAGCGAAGACGAGGGACCGCGUGGUCCCGGGACUCGUGGUCCCCCAGGUCGUGGUCCUGGAGGUCGUGGUCCCCCAGGUCGAGAACCUGAAAUGCGUGGUCCCCCAGGCCGUGGUCCCGCAGGUCGAGAUCUUGAAAUGCGUGGUCCCCCAGGCCGUGGUCCCCCAGGUCGUGGUCCCGCAGGCUAUGGCCCUGAAGCUCGGGGCCCUGGAGCCCGUGAUCCCGAAGCCCGUGGCCCUGGAGAGCGUGGCCCUGGAGCACGUCGUGAAGGACGUCGAUGCAACGGCCCGUGCUGCGCAGGCGCCGGUCAAGGUGCAAGGAGACCUGCAAGGCGAGACGCGUGGUACGACAACGACAGCUCCGACAGCUCCGACGACGAGUACGAAGUGCUGGCUUCGCUUCUGCGUCAGCGACUGGGCUCUGAGUAUGGAGGGUACGGCGGGUACGGCGGGUUUGGAGGGUUUGGCGGAUACUACUAUUAAGCGGCGGCUGCGGGACGGUCUUGCAGUAUCGAUGGUGGCGUGGUGGAAGACGCCUGGUAGCUUUGGGUGAUUUAUAGGAUGAAUCCGCUGCACAACACUGCUGUAUGCUGUAUAACAACGUGACCACACGCGUCUACUAUCCAGCCCGUCUCUC